AUGGACACCAAUAUCCAUUCAAUCUGGGUCGAGGAUGAACAGACCUCUAAAUUCCAUUUCAACGAUCCUAAUGUCCAAUACAUCAACAGUGAUAAGCCAUUUCUUUCAAAUAAAGAACAUAUUGAAUUACCUCCAUUACCUCCAAGUUCAUUCUUUAGCUCAUUAGAUUCUAAACCAAUUGAUUCCAAAUCUAAAAAAAGUUUCAUCAAAGCAUUCAAGAAAUUGUUGAGUGAUGAUAGUGAUUCUAAACAACCAAAGAAACAACAAAUUAGACGUAAAAUUUCAACACCUUUUGGAUUCAAUCAUAUUUCUCAUAUUGAUAAUAAAAGUGAUCAAAUAAAUGUUUCAAAAUUGAAUGAAUUACCAAAAACUGAAGAUCAAGUUGAAAUUACCAGGGAUCCAACUAAAAGAGUAUCAACUUCUGCAAAAGCAUUUUGUACUUCACCUCAAUUAACUUCACCAAUGAAAUCAUCCACUACAAAACCAAUUCCAAGAUCUUUUUCUAAUGCAACUUCAUUAAAUACAAGAUCAACUUCAUCACAAUUAUUUACAAGAUCUGGUUCAAUUUCAACAUUGGCAACUUCUAUAAGUUCAAGACCACAUUCAAGAAAACCAUCAAUGGUUAAUCAACCACAACAACAAACUCAACCACAACCAAGCCAACCAAGCCAACCACAACACGGUCAUCAAAGUUCAACAUCUUCAAUAGAGAAUUUGAAAAAAUUAGAAAAAAAUCAAAUUCAAAAACAAACUUCAAUUGAUUAUUCUUCAUCAAAUUUUAAAUUCCCUGAUAAUCAAAUCAAUUGGGGUACACCAGAUCCACAAUCUGUAUCACGUCAAUCAUGGAUCUAUGAAGAAUCACCAAACGUUGCAUCAUCAAAUUAUUCAUCUCCAAAAUCAACAUCAUCACCAAAUAAUAGAUCUCUAAAGACUUCCAAAUCAUCACCAUAUAAUUUAAAUAAUUUUUCUUCACAAUUAGAUAAUUCAUUUACAUCAAAACAUGAUAUGAAUGAAUUAAUUCAAUCAAUGGAUGAUUUUACAAAAUUUUUCAAAUCAAGUGAAAAUCCUGAUGAAUUUGAUGAAGAUAAUUUAAAUGAAACUAUUGCCUCUCUUAGAGCUGCAAAACAUAUUAGAGCUUCAAGAUUAUCAUUACACCAGGAUCCAAAAUAUUUAUCAUUCAUUGAAGAAUUUGAAAAAAUUAAAACAAAUUCAACAAGUUCUUAUACUUCAGAUUCAACUGAUGGUGAUUUAGUCUUAAAAGAAUUAGAAGGUGAAUUAAAUAAUGAAGAUUCUAAAUUAAAUGAAUUUGAAUUAAACAAAAUCAAUAAAAUUAAUGAGGUUGAAGAAAUUCAAUCAUUAAAUUCAAAUUCAAAUUCUGAAUUGAUUUCUGAAUCUUCUCCAAAACAAUUAUUAUUACCUUCUGUUAUGUAA